CCUCAAAUCCCUCUCAUCACAUGCACCUAUAGCCCGUGACAAGGAAGGUGCGAGGAGCGAGUGCGAGAGUAGGUCACCUGAUCGGAUGUGGAUGUGACGCUCCAGCGUCUGCAUCUCAUCUGCUCAAUCCGCGCUCCUGAUUAACUUCGGCCCUCCUGAACGUGUUUUGGGGAACGGCUUCGAAGUAAACUUCAGUUCUUUAGAACCGCGCGAAAACAGACGCGGAGAGUAUCACAACAUCCUCAUUAUGAGCUCGAUAUUAACGACUCGGCAAGCUGAAGAGCUACACAAGUCGAUUGUAGCAUACCUAUCAGCGAACCACCUAUCGAAUGCCGCCGCUACGCUUCGGGCAGAGCUAAGUCUCGAGGAAGAUGUCCUGAACGUGAAUACAAUAAAGAAAUACGAAGCCGUGCUGGAAAAGAAAUGGAUAGGCGUUGUCCGGCUACAGAAAAGGAUAAUGGACCUCGAGUCCCGGGCCACCGCGAUGCAAUCGGAGCUCGACAAUGCGUCAUCUACCUCUGGCUUCAGGCGCAAACAAGACCCCACUGCUUGGCUACCUCGAUCGCCACCUCGACACACGUUAGAAUCGCACCGAGACACCAUCAACUGCGUCGCUUUCCAUCCAAUAUUCACCUCUGUUGCCUCUGGCUCCGACGAUAACACUAUCAAAGUUUGGGACUGGGAACAAGGCGAGCUGGAGAAGACGCUAAAAGGGCACACUAGAACAGUCCUAGACGUUGAUUACGGCGGCCCAAGAGGUGGCAUCCUUCUGGCGUCCUGCUCCAGCGACCUGACAAUUAAGCUAUGGGAUCCGGCAAACGAUUAUAAGAACAUCCGGACUUUACUAGGUCAUGAUCAUAGCGUGAGCGCCGUUCGUUUCAUACCAACCGGAAACUUGCUUGUCAGCGCGAGCAGAGAUCAGACCCUGAGAGUAUGGGAUGUUACCAAUGGCUACUGCGUGAAGAUGCUGAAGGGUCAUACCGACUGGGUUCGAGCUGUUUGCCCCUCGUUUGAUGGACGUUUCCUCCUCUCGGCUGGGGAUGACCUAACUGUUCGGUUAUGGGAUAUAUCCGAUCCGGAUCCAGACAGCAAGUUGGAAAUGAUUGGUCAUACAAACAGAAUCGAAUGCUGUGUACUUGCUCCGCCUGCUUCGUACCAACAUCUUGCCUCUUUAGCUGGACUGAAGAAGCCACCCCCAGCCAGCAGUCCUGCAGAGUUUAUGGCGACCGGUUCGCGGGACAAGACUAUUAAGCUCUGGGAUGCACGAGGAAUUUGCUUUAUGACACUAACAGGGCACGACAACUGGGUCCGGGCGGUCGCUUUCCACCCCGGCGGCAAAUAUCUCCUGUCGGUGUCGGAUGACAAGACGCUACGGUGCUGGGACUUGACCCAGGACGCAAGGUGCGUCAAGAUGCUGGAUGAUGCGAAUGAACGCUUCAUCACCUGUCUGGGCUGGGCUCCAGGAAUUGUAAAGGAACCACCUACGGAAAUUGCCCAACCUAACGGGACACCGAAGAAGGGGACCGUAGGGAAUAUCCCUAACGUGCAAAUUCGUUGCGUUAUUGCCACGGGAGGAGUGGAUCGAAAACUAAGGAUCUUCUCUAACUGAAGGGUCAAAAGACAAAACAGACGAAACGGUCCAGAUACGCUGCUCGUGAUCCUCGGGCAAGCUGUGAAGACGAUUGUCGCUUAUGCCACCAAACCACCGGGUCUAGAUGAGGCGUGCGGAAAGAUUGGAGAGAACUACCGAGGCGUGCGGGCUCAGGUAUGAGGAGAGGUCUUCCCAGCUAGCUCAAGACGACUUGCAAGGCUGGGCAACGGAGACUAGUUAGAGGCGCAGUGUGUCAUAGGCAUCUCCUAACCCACACCGAUCGCUCUGAAGUAUAGACUAGAAUGUAGCUAGAUUGAAAUCAGCGCAUGUGGGACGAUUUAGGUCUACUAAACGCGCGUGCUCGUCUCUCCUAUGUCGCUG